AUGUGCGAACAGCGCGAAGAGUACGAGCAGUGCCCCGACUGCCACCGCAAGAGGCUGCUGCGCCGCAUCCCAGAGCCAUGCGUCGCCCUGCUCUCCAAGCACGGUAACAACUGGGAGCGCCAUUUCGGGGAGUGCAGCACCGGCGUGCAGUUGACGCAGAGCAUCGAGAUGCUCGAGCAGGGCUGUCGCAAGUGCACGCCCCAGCAGACCGCGAUGAAGAGGCGACGGCGCGCUUGA